CCUCGCAGCGGCAGCAGCGACAGCGAGCGACACUCCACGUCGCGUGCAGCGCCUCAAGUAGGCCGGGGCCGCCGCGUCGCGCUUCCUUUCUGACCAGCACAGCCUGCGUCUGCUGUCCUCACCCCUUCCCUCUUCCCCUCUCUCGUUCCCGUUCGUCCCCUUCAUUCCCAUCUUACUCCUCCUUUCUCUUUCUCUCGGGCCGGUCCCACCUUUUCUGCCUCGUCCUUUCUCAUCCACACUUAUCCUCCUCCUCUCCCGUAUCUUCUUACCUCGCCGCCACUCUCUCACGAUGUUCACGCGCACGCUCCUGCCCAUGCCGCUCGACACCGCCAAGGCCGCCGCACUGCAGCCGGCGCCCGCCCUGCCGCUGCAGUUCAUCGACGACGACGCGUCGAGCAGCGACAGCGAUGACACGUCCGCCUCGUCCGACACGGGCAGCGACGGCGAGACGGCCACGGCCGACCUGGGCGCAUGGGCCGUCUCGUCCGACUCGGCAGGCGAGGAGAGCGAGGGCAGCGAUGACACGGACGCCGAGAUCCACGUCGCCGUCGUCGCCGAGACGACGCCGCGCGCCACCAGCGCCGCCGCUGCUGCCAGCUCGUUGGCGCAGAUGCUCAAGCUCGAAGGCUGCUCGCCGUCGUCCGUCGAGCUCAACAAGAGCAGCUUCUCGCCCUCGGCCAACGAUGGCACCUCCAGUCCGCUGCCGGCUGUGGCGCAGAGCGCUGGCGCACCUUCCCGCUCGCGCUCCUCGACCGGCGUGCUGCAGCUGGCCUACCUCGAUCUCUGCGACGCCCUCCUCACGCCCGUGCUGCCGCGCCGCUCUUCAUCGCUCGAGGAGUCAGUCUCCACGAUUGAGAUUGAGCAGGUGUGGGAUGGCGACGAUGAAGGCUCGGCGUCUCCUCCGCCGCUCUCGCCCAACGAGCGCAGCGCAGGUCGUCGAGCUGCCUCGGCACGCAUGCUUCGCACGCUGCGCUCCGCAUCCAUCAGCACGCCCGAAGCACCGGAGCUCUCGCGCCCCGCUCGUGCGUUUCCUCGUCCGCUCGGCCUCGCGGCCCACCGCGUCGCCUCGUCGGCCGGCCAACCGGCACGUCGUCUUCCCUCCCUCUCGCAGAUCGCAGGACGUGCCGCCAUCGUCCGUCCGGCACCGAUGCCACUCGGCACGCCGCGUCCCUGCUCCCGCACGCCACUACCCGCCUCUGCGCGCGUCGUCUCCUGCCCCGACGGCCGUGCCGUGCCGCUCUGGGUCUCUGCAGGUCGUCCGGGCGGCGAAGGCAGCGUGGCAGUGUACAUCACUCCGCCCACACCCCGUGCGGCGGGCUGGUCACCUCUACCUCCGCCACACGUCUUUCCCGCACCCACGCCGUCGCUGCUCACGUCGCCGCGUCCCGAUCUCGCACCCGGACGCACGCGCAUGCAACGCGAACAGGCAGCUGCCGCUGAAGAAGCACGUCGUCUGUGGGCGCUGUGGGCCGAAGCGGCACUUCAAGCGACGCCCUCGACGCAGCUCCAAGUGCAGAGCGCCCAAGCGCACCUGGCCACCUCGCAGGAUCUGCGUGCCGCACAGCGCUGCGUCGGCGAGUCGACUGCCCUGCCUCGUCCGGCGCGUCGCGCUACGAUGAUGGCUGCUGUGCCUCGUGCCAACGGCAGCAGUGGUCUCGGUCUCAGUGAAGCAGACUCGGCGACUUCCUGGCGACGCGCGCCUUCGACGGCGCCCAUCUCGGCACAGGCGGACGGACGACGCUUCUCGGCCGCGCCGCCGGCCACGCGCGUGCGCUUCGAGGAGCAGAAGAAGCCGGCGCUCCUGAGUGCGAGCCCGCCGCGCUCGAAGGAGGGAGAGGCGAUGCUGCGUCAGCUAGCUGCGAGACACAACUAGAUGUUCACGCGCCGAACGAGGCGCUGGAAAGCGAAGCGAGCGAAGAGGCGGUCAUUGCCCCUUCUUCGCUGAGAUGAGACACAAGGUUAUCGAUAAUACGUAGAUACUCCUCCUCCUCCCCCCCCUCCCCUCAUUCUUACCAUCAUCCAUCAUCACUCGUCAUCACUCAUCAUCACCCGGCAUCUUGCUAUUACCAUCCUUAACCCCCUCCGCUCUCC